AUGAGUGGUGAUUUGACUUAUAUGAGUUGUCAAAUGGCGACGAAUGAUUUUGUUAAUGAUUUAAAAAGAUUAUCUUUACAUCAAACAGCAAAUGAAUAUUCUAAUGUAAUUGAACAUUUAAUGAUUCAAUUACAACAUGCAACACCAAAUGGAUUAAUGGAAAAUAAACCAUUUGGUCUUGCUAUUGUUGAUAAUUUUUAUCGAGUAAUUCCAAUUUUUGAUAAAAAAUUAUCAGAUAACAAUGAAAAUUCUUAUCAUACAAAUUCAUUUUUGGAAGCAUUAUCGAAUACAUUUAAUGAUUUAUGUUUAUUAGAUUUAUUUCUUGCAAUUAAAGAUUCAUAUUGUCUUGAAAUUAUUUUUCAUAAUUAUAUUCCUUUACUUAAACAAAAUUAUUUUACAAGUGACGGUACAUAUGAUCAUCUUAUUAAUUGUUUAUUACCUAUUAUUGCUUAUUCAAGUUUAUUAGUAUCAAUUAAUGAAGCUGAUCUACCAUCAAAUCUUCUUUCAUAUUUACUUGAAUUUACUAAAACUAAUUGGCAACAUAAGCAAAGAAACAAAGUUAUUAAUAAAAUUCUUACUUUAAUAAAGGCAUUUAGUAGAAUAACAAAAUUAGUACCAAGUGUAAUUCAUUCUGAAUGGCCAAAUGCAUGUAUUCAAUGGUUAAAACAAACUGGACCAAGACCAUCAUAUGAAACUGAUCGUUUAAUUAAUCUUAUUUUACAAAAACUUGCUCAACAUACAAUUGCUGUUGAAGUAUUAAAUCAAUUAAAUUGUGUUAAUGCUCUAAUUGAAAGUCAUGAACAAAUGAAAAUCGAUUAUAAUGAAGAAGAUUAUUCAUGCAUUCGUUUUAUUCAAUUUAUAACUCAUGCUUUACUUAUAGAAGCUAAUACAAUUAAACAAAAAAAUAUUUUACAUGAUGAAUUAAUGUGUCAUGUACUUGAACAAAUGAUUUCAUUUAUAAUUUCUUCUUCACAAAAUGGUUUAGUUUUUUAUAAAUGUUGUCAUAUAUCAGAAAUUUUAUAUGUUUUAAGUAAAUUAUUUGUUAAUGAUGAUAUACUUAUAAAAUGUUUAAAGGAAAAUAAUCAAUUAUUAGAUUGUUUAUGUCAAUUACUUACUCAAUAUGCAACGAUUACGAGUAAUACAACAAGAGUUCAUCAAUAUAUGAGUGAUGAAACAUUAAUAGUAUUAGCUAAUAUUUUAUGGAGUAUAUCAUUUCAUGAAUCUUAUCAUGAAAAUUUAAAAUCAAAUAUUAAUUUUAUGCAUACAUUAUCAAAUUUAGCUACAUCAUCAUUAUUAUAUACAAGUACACAAAUUAAAACAAUUCCACGUGAUAUAAGUUCUUUAAAAAAAGCAACUGAAGGAAUUUUAUGGAAUUUAAAAUUUUCAUAUUUACCUAUAUCAAAAGAAAAUUUAAGAGAACAAUCACAUAUUAUGAUUAGUUAUUCACAUAGUGAUUCAAUAUUUUGUCAUGAACUUGUUGAAUAUUUAUCUCAUCAUAUACCUAUUUGGGUUGAUUAUAAACAAGAACAUCAUAAUACUAUUUAUUCAGAUGAUCUUUGGGAAGAAAUUGCUGGUGCUAUGGAAACAGCUAGUGUUAUUGUUUUAAUUGUAUCAAAAGAAUAUCAUGAUUCAAAAUCAUGUAGACAAGAACUUUCUUAUGCUUGUGAUACAUUAAAAAAACGUAUUGUGCCUAUAUAUCCUCCAAAUCAAAAUUAUAAAGCAAGUGGUUGGCUUGGAAUUCGCAUAGCUGGACAAAGAUAUGUACAUUUUGGACGAAAAAUGUUCACAAGUGCUCUUCAUGAACUUCUUUCUAUUUUGAUUGUUGAUCAAAAGUCUAUUACUAUACAAAAAGCAUCUAAUAAAAUGAUUUCAACAAAAUCGAAUGAACAAGAAACUUCAUUAAAAAAUUGGACAUCAAAAGAUAUUCAAAAAUGGUUUAAUGAUAAUCAUAUUCAUAAUGAUUUAAUUACACUUUUUGCUGAUCGAUUUCAUACAGGUACAGCAUUGAUUGUUUAUGCUCGUCAUUUAAAACAAUUUUAUCGAGAUGAAUAUAUACAAAUAUUAGCAAAUUAUUAUAAAACAUUUAAUGGUAAACAACUUCAAACAGUUGACUUUAUUACAUUUGUUGAUGCACUUUGGCGAUUACGUGAAGAAUAUGAUUCUCAACGUAAGAUCGAAGACUCUUUGGAUAAAUGUGAUAAACAACAAUCAUCAUAUGCGAUAAAUAAUUCUGAGAAAGAAACAGCUUGUUUUUAA